UGACUGUUAACGUCAACAAUGUCCACCAUCAACAUCAAUAUCCUGCAACCGACAAUCAAUAUCGUCUCGUCAUUGCAUCCAUAUCUAACUAUAGUGAAGGCUAUGUAUGAUGCAUAUUCCCAAAUCAGCGAUAACCGAGAACAGUGUCGCAGCGUCGUAGAGCGCGCUGAACGAGUUCUCGGCGCGAUCAGCGAUGAGCUAUCCAAGAUGGACGACAGCGUCAAAGAAGAAGAGAGCAUGAAGCGAAACUUCUAUACCCUAGACCAACACUUCUCCCAUAUACGUGAAAUGUUGACGAAGAUCAGCAAGAUGAACUUCCUCAAAGUCCUCUUACGGCAAGACGAUAUUAAGCGCUCAUUGGCAGAUGCACAUGUUCGGCUCACAGAUUGCCUACAAUGCUUCCAGAUCUCUAGCCAGUUCGCCCUACGUUCUUUCCAGAAUGAAUAUGAGGUUGCACGCCAAGCCGACGCGUCAGACUUGCAAAAUAAGAUGAAGGAUCUGGAAGGAAACGACGCGGCAAUGAUGGAAGCUCUUCAUAUCAACAAGAACGAAAUGAUGGAAGCCAUAUUAGCGAUGCAAAAGAAUAUUUCAGAGCACGUCUCUUCCACGAUUCAGACCAAGAUAUUAAAGCACGCGCUUUCAACUCUUCAGCGCGUGUCUGGUCGUUCUUUCGGUGGCGCUCCACCCCCAUGGGUUAUCAGUUCGUACGAUUUAGAGAUUGAUGACGAGAGUCCUCUAGGCGAAGGUGGUUUCGGUAGCGUGAAGCGCGGGACCUGGAACGGCUUGUCCGUGGCGGUCAAGGUCAUGACCAAAGAGACUUCACAAGAGGCGUUACUUCGUGAAGUGCAGAUCUGGCAACAUCUUCGACAUGAUCACGUUCUACCUUUCUACGGCGCUUGUAUAACUUCGAGUCCGCCGUUCAUCGUUUCACGUCUCCUGGAGAACGGGAAUGCAAUUAACUAUCUCAGACGAAAUCCUGCCUUCAAUCGGGUGAAGCUCAUGCAUGAAGUUGCCCUGGGAAUGACAUACCUCCAUCACAUGAACAUCAUUCACGGUGAUCUCAAAGGGGUUAAUAUCCUCAUCGACGAUUCCUGCAAAGCAGUGGUCUGUGACUUCGGCCUUUCCAAAGUCAAGCAGCAUGCUCUCUCCCGAGCGCCCAGCUCCAUCGGCGGUCAAAGCCCUGGCACCUUGCGCUUCAUGUCCCCUGAGCAGAUGAUGGGCAAGCUGGUCAAAGCAACCGACGUGUACAGCUACGCGAUGCUUCUCUACGAGAUCUUCACCGGCGAUGUCCCGUUCUACACAAUUCCAGAUGCCACAUUCUUUGUGCUUGUUGCACAGCAGCAUACGAGGCUGACACGGCCGGUUAGUGAGAAAGUCUUGAAGCGCGGCUUGUCCGAUGAAAUGUGGAAUUUGCUUUGGGAUUGCUCAGAUCCAGAAGAUGAGUAUCGCCCGACGUUUGAUGGCGUAAGGAUGCGGACGGAGCAGAUGAUGCGGUUCUUCGUGCCGCCAAAAGAGCAAGAAGUCCGUGACGAGAAUGAGAUCACGGACAUCUUCGCAGCGCUGUACGGUGAGGAGCCGGUUGAUCCGAGGACCGAGGCAGAGACGGCCGCCUUUCUGCCGUAUCUUGCGAGGGCUGAUGUGAAACCAAUCCUUCCUGAGAGGAAUGCAAAACAGCCGAUCAGGUACGUGCCGCUCUCGACGGCACCGGCGCUCGAUGCGGGUGGGGAGGUCGAUGUUGCUCGUAUGCGUCAGUCAGAGCUUGUCAAACGUAUCCGGAUGCAAGUCUCAUUGCAGGAGCGAUACUUCGAGUCGCAAAUGAACAAAGGACUGUCACAGAACAAGAAGUCAGAUGAAGAUUUCUGGCGUUCUGAAUAUCGGAACCAGUUAGGGAUGCCAUGGACCUGGAAGCCGUGGGGCAUAGUCGAAAUUGUUAUUG